AUCAUGAAUCUAUUAAUGCCUGUUGCCAAGGCUUAAGCAGUCCUUUUGCGACUGAAAAUAAAAGGCUGAACUGCUUUUCUUCAUUUAUCCACAGAAUAUUUCUAGUUUUUUUUACUCUCUGAGAUAUCCAAACCCAAAAUAGAGCACUUGGUCACUCUUGCAGAAGAUGAAUUGAAGUUUUACAAGCCAUACCUAUAGCCAUUUGCCAUUAGCCAAGCAUGGCCCUUCUUAAAUCCUUGGCGUUCAGUCCCACCGAAGCCACUGUAGCCAUGAUUCACUCAUCUUCUUCUAAGAUCUUAUCACAAAGAACUUGUUCGUCUUUUAGGAAUGUUAGCUUAUUCUACUAUAGACGAAGCUCUUCAGUUAAAGUCUUUUCUUUCUUCAAUACAACACGUAAUUGUACAUAUUCCAGUGGUGAAUUUGGUUCUUCAAAGAGAAGAUCUCGAGGACCUGUUAUGUCAGCCAAAAAAACAUCUGAGGGGGAAAAACAAGAAGGAAAGUACAAACACACAGUUGAUUUACCAAAGACAACAUUUGGCAUGAGAGCAAAUGCUUUGACAAGGGAGCCAGAGAUUCAAAAAUUAUGGGAAGAAAAUCAGGUGUUCAAGCGAGUUGUCAAUAAAAAUGAUGGGGGAAAUUUUGUUCUUCACGAUGGUCCGCCUUAUGCCAAUGGUGGCCUACACAUUGGUCAUGCCCUGAAUAAAAUCUUGAAGGAUAUAAUUAAUCGUUAUAAGAUUCUUCAAAACCACAAGGUUCAUUAUGUGCCUGGUUGGGAUUGUCAUGGGCUGCCAAUUGAGUUGAAAGUUCUGCAAUCAUUGGAUCAGGAUGCCAGAAAGGAUCUGACACCAUUGAAAUUAAGAGCAAAGGCAGCCAAGUUCGCCAAAGCAACUGUCAAAACUCAGAUGGCAUCAUUUAAGCGCUAUGGAGUUUGGGCAGACUGGGAUGAUCCUUAUCUAACUCUAGAUCCAGAAUAUGAAGCUGCCCAGAUUGAAGUGUUUGGCCAGAUGGCCCUUCAAGGAUACAUCUAUAGGGGCAGGAAACCAGUUCACUGGAGUCCCUCAUCUCGUACUGCUCUUGCAGAGGCUGAGUUGGAGUAUCCGGAGGGGCAUGUUUCAAGAAGCAUAUAUGCCACAUUUCGAAUAGUAAGUGCUACACCAACUUCAAGUGGAUUACUAGAGGAAUUCUUUCCAGAUUUGUGCUUGGCCAUAUGGACUACAACUCCCUGGACUGUGCCAGCCAAUGCCGCUGUUGCGGUCAAUGCCAAGCUUCAAUAUGCAGUAGUUGAAAUGCAGUUUUUAGAAGAUGUUUCUACAUCCUCUGGAAAUAAAAGACGACGACUUGGCAAUGUUCUGAGGGAGCAAAAGAAGCAUUUUCUUAUAGUAGCAUCUGAUCUUGUGCCAACACUAGAAGUAAAAUGGGGUGUAAAGCUUGUGAUCAAGAAAACCCUGUCAGGGUCAGAUCUGGAAAACUGCAGGUACUUACAUCCAAUAGAUAACAGAGAAUGCCAGGUUGUCAUUGGAGGAGAUUAUAUUACAACAGAAUCAGGAACUGGACUAGUGCAUACAGCUCCUGGUCAUGGUCAGGAGGAUUAUGUAACUGGCAUGAAGUAUGGACUGCCUGUACUUUCCCCUGUUGAUGAUGAUGGAAAGUUCACUGAAGAAGCUGUAAAGUUUAGUGGGCUUGACGUUCUGGGGGAUGGUAAUGCUGCUGUGGUGAAAUACCUGGAUGAACAAUUGUCAAUUAUAAUGGAAGAAUCAUAUGAACACAAGUAUCCAUAUGAUUGGCGAACCAAAAAACCAACAAUUUUUAGAGCUACUGAGCAAUGGUUUGCAUCUGUAGACGGUUUUCGUCAAGCGGCUAUGGAUGCAAUUGGCCAUGUAAAAUGGAUUCCAUCUCAGGCAGAAAACAGAAUUUCUGCAAUGACUUCAAGUCGCUCUGACUGGUGCAUAUCAAGGCAAAGGACGUGGGGUGUCCCCAUUCCAGUCUUUUAUCAUGUGGAGUCAAAGGAACCCCUUAUGAAUGCAGAGACUAUUGAUCAUAUUAAGUCUAUAAUUGCCCAGAAGGGUAGUGAUGCAUGGUGGUAUAUGAAAGUGGAGGACCUACUUCCUGAAAAGUAUCGCAAUAGAGCAUCAGACUAUGAAAAAGGGAUGGAUACAAUGGAUGUAUGGUUUGAUUCAGGUUCUUCAUGGGCUGCUGUGUUGGCGAAAAAGAAUGGCCUUAGUUAUCCUGCAGAUAUUUAUCUUGAAGGCUCAGAUCAACACCGUGGGUGGUUUCAAAGCUCUUUAUUAACAAGUAUUGCUACAAAAGGAAAGGCUCCGUAUUCUAGUGUCAUAACCCAUGGAUUUGUAUUGGAUGAGAAAGGUUUUAAGAUGAGCAAAUCACUGGGUAAUGUUGUAGAUCCACGCACUGUAAUUGAAGGGGGGAAAAAUGCAGGGGAAGCACCAGCCUACGGAGCUGAUGUCCUACGACUCUGGGUUUCUAGCGUAGACUAUACAGGCGAUGUUAUGAUUGGUCCUCAAUCUCUUAAACAAAUGUCUGAGAUAUAUAGGAAGCUGAGAGGAACAUUGAGAUAUCUUCUGGGAAAUCUACAUGAUUGGAAAGCUGAUAAUGCAGUUUCAUACAAUGAUCUCCCCAUGAUUGAUAAGCAUGCACUUUUUCAGCUGGAAAAUGUUGUAAAGAAUAUAAGAGAGAGUUAUGAAAACUAUCAAUUUUCCAAAAUAUUCCAGAUCAUACAACGGUUUGUUAUUGUUGACCUAUCAAAUUUCUAUUUUGAUGUUGCCAAAGAUCGACUCUAUGUUGGGGGCUCAACAACUUUUACAAGGAGAAGUUGUCAAACAGUUCUUGCGGAACAUCUCCUUGCCAUAGUGAAGGUUAUUGCUCCAAUACUACCUCAUUUGGCUGAGGAUGUAUGGCUGAAUCUUCCUUUUCCAUAUUUGACCGAGGACGGUUCCAUUGCAAAGUUUGUUUUUGAAUCAAAGUGGCCUGCUUUGAAUGAGAAAUGGCUUUCUUUUCCUAAUGAAGAAAUUGAUUUCUGGGGAAAAAUUCUUGAGCUGAGAACAGAGGUGAACAAAGUUCUGGAAGCUGCUCGUGUGGGGAAGUUAAUUGGUUCUAGUUUAGAAGCAAAGGUAUAUCUGCACACACCUGAUGCUAGUUUGGCUUCAAGGUUACGUGAAAUGUGUCUGGCCAGCAAUGAUGCAGAUGCACUGCAUCGUAUAUUCAUCACAUCUCAGGCAGAAGUCCUUGCUUAUUUGGAUAACAAACUUAUUGAAACCAUAUCAUACACCGGAGAGUUUCUCAUUCAAGGAAGCAAUAGAGUUUGGAUUGGUGUGUCACGUGCAGAGGGCUUGAAAUGUGAGAGAUGCUGGAAUUACACUCCUCAAGUUGGUUCUUUUGGCGAACACCCAACGCUCUGCGGCCGUUGUUAUAAAGUAGUCGCUGUUCAGCCUGAACCCGCAGUAGCUGCAGUUAGUUGAUUCAUUUAGCAGAUUUUCUUACUUCCAAUGUGACUUAUAACAUCUGAAUUCACAAUUUUGGCUAUCAAAACUCAAAAUUUUAUUGUAGACUUGAUUUGGGGGCAAGACCGACAUCACUACAGGACAGUGUAAAGAACUAUAGACUACAGAGAGAAUACGAUAGACUUAAUAAUUAGAUUUGGACAUUUGUCAAAUAA